AUGCCUUCAUUAUCGACAGAGGCGCUGGCGCAGUUGGCCGGAAGAGGAGAGGAAAUUCGGGUGGAGAUGGAGAGGUCAAUGGAAGAAUUGGUCAAAAGAGUUAACAUUCCGAUCAACAGCACGACCCCUCCUGACCUGAUUGAGGCUAUAGCGCACGACCCAUUCUCAGAUGCCGACAAGUAUGGACUUUUAUUUGUUUACGUGGGCCUCAUCCUGGUAGUCACCACGACGUUAAUGCGGCUUUAUUACUACUGGGGGGACAAGAUCCGGACGGCCCUGUACAAGGAAGAAAUCAUCAAUUCCGCAUCAUCACCGAGUCCGCUAGGAUUCUCGCCCCGGCAUGGAUAUGCCGACUAUGAGCUACCCAGUGCAAUCAGUGCUAAUACCGACGGCUCCACGAGGCACUUUUUCCCCUCCAAAGGACCUCUGGUGGCAGAAAAGCCAAGGCAACAAGCAGCUGUCUCGGCCAUUGCGCCGCUCAACAACACAAUCGCCGCCUUCAGAUGGAUCUUUUACCGGCCCAUUCCACCCAUUCGCAUUGGCAAAUACCGAUUCACCUUUCCGUCCCCCGGAGUUCUUGUGGUCAUAACCAUCUCCCUGGUCGCCUCAAUGCUUUACUGCUUCCUGCCGAAACCACUUUUCUAUGCGUCAAUGUCAUAUGGGUCUCCUCCUCUGGCGGUCCGAGCCGGGAUGAUGUCGGUCUCCCUCCUCCCGUGGGUGGUGGUGUUGGCCACGAAAGCAAAUCCUGUUUCUCUGUUGACUGGAAUUGGUCAUGAACGACUCAUCGUUCUACAUCGUUGGACCGCUUACCUUUGUGUGAUUUUUGCCAUCGUUCAUGCGGUUCCUUACUGGUAUCAAUCCACAAACGAUCCCCAAGGAUUUGCAACUUUCAAACUCUAUUUCCACCAGCAAUACUAUAUCUUCACCACCGGAAUUGCGGCCAUCGCACCUUUGAUCUUCUUGACCCUCCAUUCGCUACCAAUCCUUCGAGCCAAGAUGUAUGAAUUCUUUGCCAUUCUCCAUAUUCCUGUGGCGUGGGGAUUCGUCGGCUUAUUGUUCUGGCAUUGUUACAAGUACUUGACAUCAUCGGCCUAUCUUUACUCAACAAUAGUGUUGAUGGUGAUCUCCUUGACUACUCGUCUCUUCUUCGUGAACUGGAUGAAUCCACUCCGUUCGUCAUGGCUCAUCGGAGAAGAGUCGGCCGUCACCAUCUUACCGGAAAACGCUGUCAAGGUCACCAUUCCAACACAGAAGAGAUGGCGUCCAGGUCAAUACGUUUAUUUACGGAUGCCCGGCAUUGCACCGUUGGAGAACCACCCUUUCACCAUUGCAUCCCUCUGCAGCGAGGACUUUCCGUCCGAAUACGGCGAGCAAUAUCGAGACAUGACCUUGGUCUUCAGACCCUUUCAAGGCUUCACGCGCAAAGUUCUCAACACGUCUAUCAAGAAAGGCCCUUACAAGACAUACCGAGCAUUCGUCGAAGGUCCCUAUGGCGGGAUGCAACGCCAAAUGUCAUCCUUUGACCAAGUUAUCUUCUUUGCCGGCGGGAGUGGUAUCACUGCCAUCGCCAGUCAACUACUCGACUUAAUCAAGCGUAUGCGAGACGGCAAAGCCACGACCUCCAAAGUCCAUGUCAUAUGGUCCAUGAAGCGUCCCGACAUCAUGGAAUGGUUCAAAGAAGAACUCCGAAUUUGCAGAGAGUGUGCUCCUCCAGGAUCGAUACAAUGCCAUUUCUACAUCACCGCAGCCAAACGCUACGAACCUUUACCGGAGACCAAAGAACAUCGCCUUAGCGGAAUUCGAGACAAGCUAUCCGACGUCAUCCACCAUGCCGGAAGCAAGCGUAAUUCUGCAUUGAUGAUGGAGCAAGAACCUGAUCUCAAACGAGAAUUCGAGGACAGUAUCACCGCCCUCCCACAGGCAUACCUGGCUCCCCCACGCCACCUUGCAACCCCUGGAGAGGACUCGAAGAUCUUCUUCCCUCCGCCACCCCACAACCGUAGGUCAACCAUUUCCCAAGCCCAGAUCGAAGCUACGCGCUCCUUCGACUUUGGCUUCCCUCAAACCCCUACCAAAUUCCAAAAGAACUUGAUGCGAUUUGCAUUCCUGCCCACAAAUGUCAAUGCGCAACGCCGGGAUGGCUGGCGUACAGAAUACGGCCGUCCUGAUAUACCGUACAUGCUCAAAGGCUUGAGCAAGGAGUUUGGUCGAAGGACUUGCGUGUAUGUCUGUGGACCUCCAGAGAUGAGAACAGACGUCGCGAACACUGUGGCCCGAUUGCAAUGUGAGGUGUGGAGGGAUAGUGGGAAGGAUGAAAUCUUUCUGCACGCGGAGAAUUAUGCGCUUUAA